GCCAUCUGUUUUUCCUUCUAUUAUCGAUCAGUCUUGGAAUUCCAACAUUAACAUUUUUACGUUUAAACGCUUUUUCUGACUUAAAUAAGUAACGUUUGGCCUUUACUUUUCAAUGAUCGUGCCUUAUCUGAUAAUAGUGUGCAAAAAUAUCGAUUGUGGAAGUUAUAAUAUCGUUUUAUGCAGGGACUCUUUGCUAGCUCAGGAAUACUAGCCUUAAAUUAUUAUAUCUUUACGAAAAAUUACGCUGAUAAUACUUGUUUGUAUGUAACCAAUUAAGGCCUGUGUUUUUGUGCAUGGAUGUUGAUUAGGACUGAAUGGAUAGACUACUUUCAGUUUUUGCCGAUUUAAGUGACGCUCGAAUUGGUGGGGGCGACAGCUUUACGGAUAGACCUUUGUGGAGAGUUCUUAAUAGGCACUCUGGAAUUUCUGUGGCAACUGUUACAGAUGCUGCUAUUGAUUGUCAACGACAGCGAGAUCCUGAAAAUAGAGAAAAAACAUUGAAAUAUAUGGUAAAUCAUAUUAGUAGAUUUCUAAAAGAGGUUUCAAGAAAACACAUGACAACAACAUGUCGAAGUAAUGCCAUUGGUCAACUGUUUCUAUUGAAUGUCUUCCUUGGAACAGACUAUAACAUGUAUGGUAUUAAGGUGUUAAAACAAAUAAUCAACAAAGAACCAUGGAAUUUAUCGGAAAGAUUUCCAAGAGUUACAAUGUGCGAUUUUAACAUAAGAGUCGUUGGCAAUGUUCAGUCAUAUUUGGUUCAAUGUACUUUACCGAUAAAUCUAUUCAAUGAGAAGAUCUUCAUAGUUAUAUGGUUUUGGUUUGUUUUCCUUAGUUCUGCAACGGCAGGAAGUCUAUUUUACGUGAUUAUUAAAUGCUUCUGCAUGAAAGACCAUGAAUCGUAUAUAAAAAGGCGCCUGAUAGCCAUUGACAAAUAUCACGGAAAAGCAGCCAGCCCAGAAAGUUUAAAGCAUUUUACAAAUCAUUACUUGAGAAGAGAUGGCUGCUUUAUAGUUCGAAUGGUCGCCAAAAACACAAGUGAUAUGAUAUCUGCCGAAUUAAUAGCUGGUCUAUGGGAUAUGUACACAAGAACUAGAAACUCUAUUUUUAGGUUUGAAAGCUAUGAAGCUGAUGCUUUGAGCUUGAAAGGAGAUACUCUAAGAGAAGAUCCCGCUGCUGAUAUUCCUGAAGAUGUAGCUAGAAAAGAAUAUUACGAUGGAGAAUCGAGCACAGAUCAAGACCUCGUAAAAAGAAAAGUGACAGUACCGCAAGAAGAUACCAGCUAG